AUGUCUAACAACGACCAGUACAGGAUGAUGCUGAAUAACAAGCUCCAGAGCAAAAAGGGUCUUGUUUUGUCAUGGACAACCAAAUCCGAUGGGCCGCCACAUAACCCGAAGUGGACUGCUACCGCUUUGAGUUUCAAGGAAACGGAGCUUAUAGGCGAUGCAGUCGAUGGAGUUGAAUACGGACAAGGCGUGGGACAAAGCCAGGGUGCUGCGAAAGAGAUUGCUGCGAAAGAGGCGCUCGAAAAGCUCAAUGCACUCAAUGCGAAGUGA